AGCGGACGACCCGGUAUUCCGGGAGAUAAAGGUGGUCUUGGAAUUCCAGGACGGAUGGGAUUAAAGGGUCAUCUUGGAGAAAAGGGAUCUCCAGGAGAACCGGGCAUGUCUGUUAUAGGACCCCGUGGCCCUCCUGGGCAGCCUGGAACACGAGGUUUUCCUGGAUUCCCAGGCCCAAUAGGAUUAGACGGCAAGCCAGGUCAUCCAGGGCAAAAAGGGGAAAAGGGAGAUAUGGGCCUGCCUGGUCCCAAAGGAAAUUCAGGAAUGACGGGUGUUAAAGGGGAAAAGGGUCACUGCGGGGAUUACUCUCACAGGGAAUAUUUAAGUACCACUUUUGCAGCACUGCGCUCCAAUCAGAUUCUUACUUUGAAGCUGUUGCCUGCUAUGAUUAAUACAGUGCGGGCGGUUCAGCCAGCGGUCGUAAGAAAGCGCAUCUUCCAGGGUGAACAAGGGCAGACAGGUAUCCAAGGUCCUCCGGGGCUACCUGGCCCACCAGGACCAUCAGGACCUCCAGGAGAUCCAGGGCUUCCUGGGGUUGUGGGGCAACCAGGAAAAGCAGGUGAGCCUGGGAAAGAUGGAAAAGGCUUGCCUGGACCUCCAGGAUCCAAGGGAGAUCCAGGGACUUCAGGAAUCCCGGGAAGGAAGGGUGACCAGGGAGAGCUAGGACUGAAGGGGGAAAGAGGCAUGCCAGGGAUGCCGGGGAAACAUGGAGCUAAGGGGGAACUCGGACUUUCAGGAGCAAAGGGUGAGAAGGGUGACAUUGGCAAUGCACUCGGUGGAGUUAAAGGAGAACCUGGUAAUCCAGGCCUGCCAGGACCUCCGGGACCAAAGGGGGAAGCAGGUGCUAUUGGCCAACCUGGGAUUCCAGGCCUGCAGGGUGAUAAGGGUGUAGCAGGAGCUAAGGGAGAUCAAGGCCCUUCUGGACCUCGAGGUCCUAGGGGAGAACCAGGGAAAUCCAAUAUUGUGGAAUAUAAUAGUAACCUCAGUGAAGCACUGCAGGGUCCUCCUGGACCACCAGGUCAACCAGGCCAAAAGGGUGAAAUUGGGUUACCCGGUCCUCCUGGCCAUGAUGGAGAAAAGGGACCUCGGGGGAAAACUGGUGAGGUUGGACUAUCUGGUCCACCUGGACCUUCUGGACAGGAUGGACUUCAAGGACCAAAGGGAGAAACAGGCAACAGGGGACCACAAGGGCCAAAAGGAGAUAAAGGGGAUGUGGGAGAAACAGGUUCACCUGGCCUGGAUGGCCCCACUGGUGAAAAAGGAGAACGUGGUGACCAAGGCGUUCCAGGACCCCCAGGUCUUCCAGGUCCAAUUGGGCUUCCAGGGCUUACGGGAGAGAAGGGCGACUCUGGAGACAAAGGAGAUUCUGGAAACUCGGUAUUGGGACCACCUGGACCUCCUGGUGUUCCUGGGCCUGUGGGUCCACCUGGUCUUCCUGGCCAAAAGGGUGAAGUGGGAGAGAGUGGUGCGAGAGGGGAGAAGGGCAGCCAAGGAGAUAAAGGAGACAAAGGUCCUUUGGGUUUACCAGGUGCUUCAGGUAUAGACGGCAGAAUUGGUCCACCGGGGACACCCGGACCAAUUGGAGUUCCAGGACCAGCCGGACCAAAAGGAGAUAGGGGCAGUAAAGGCGAUCCUGGGAUUGCAGGACCAACUGGACCAUCAGGACCACCUGGAUCACCUGGUGAGAAGGGAAGUCGGGGGGAAAGGGGGAAGAAAGGCUCUAGGGGGCCUAAAGGGGAUAAGGGAGACCAAGGAGCGCCUGGAUUAGAUGCACCCUGCCCGUUGGGAGAAGAUGGUUUACCAGUACAAGGCUGCUGGAAUAAGGGUCAGACUCCAUGGCUAAUUGCCAAAAAGUGAAGCUGGAUACAACUCAGUAAAUCUGAUUUUGGUCUACAUAUGUGGAAGAUAAGGACAAGAGUCUCCUAGGCUUGAUGACUUCAGGACGUCCAUCUUCUGGUGAAAAAGUCUUGGUCACCAUUUGGAAACAACAAAGGAGAUGAGUUGCAUUGCACAAUGAGUUUCAUUGUGUCGCUACUGCAAAACUCUUUUCUUUUAGCCAUAAGGAUAGACGGUAGGGCAAGAAAGAGAAUUGUUGCACUGUGUUUAUGGUGUUCUCUUAGUGGUUCCCAUAAUAUUGUACUAUUUGAAGAGCCCAUUAUGUGUGACAUAAUGGUUACCGAUAACUGGAGAGACUAUUUCUACAGGACAGUUCCAUUAAAUGAACUCCAGCAGUGUCUUUUGGAGAUACAAAUAUUUUUACUGUCGGGGAAAGACUGUAGAGUAAUGACGAGAACCAGAAGGUAUUUUUGCCAAAAUGGCUUUUGAUGAUUCCACCAUAACUCACCCACUGCCUAUAAUCUCCAACAUGCAAAUGUUUGUAUCUUAUUUAGGAAUUCCAUUUGCUACUAUUUUUCAACACACUUAUUUAAACUUUUUUUUAUGUGAUGAUUUCAUCUGUUUUUUCUUAGAGCUCUGAUGCAUAUUUUUAUUUGCUGAUUUAGAUAUAGCUGCUAUAAAAUGUAUAGAAAUAUGAGACACGUGUAAUCGUGUGUGUAUAUAUAUAUAUAUAUAUAUAUACACACACACACACACAGUAUGAUUUGCCCAAAUACUUGCUGUAUAAUCAUAGUAAAAAUAGAUUUUUAUAUGAAAUUAUUACUUUGUUGACCAGGUCGACCAGGUCCUACUACUACGCAUACAUGCUAUACUCUGAUAGAUGACCUCGGAAUGGGGUUUUUCUAUUAAACUGCAGUAUUCCAGGUAAUUCCUUUGCCAAUUUUAGAAUUUAUAUGGGAUUUUUCCAUUUAACCCCUUCACUGCCAGAUGUGCUCAAUCAGAGUACUGUUCCACUAAGGGGUUGGCAUUACAUUUUGACAAAAAGUACAGUAAGCUAUGAUAGAUCCGAAAAAUACAAAUUUUUGGUUAAAGUAUUACAGGGAUAUAGAUUUUUGGAGGGAAAUUCAUUGUUCUUGCUCAAAAUUCUGUAUUGGUUGAGGGAGCCAAAUUAAGGCAAAAUGCCUAGUUUUACAAUUUGUAGCAGCCUGUGGAAUUAAUUUGCUUCUGUUUUGUUCUUGGUAACAAAAACAUUUUUUUUAUGUAUUCUACAGGAUGGCAAGGGUUCUCUUUUUUAUAUACUUUCUUACUAUGUUUUUCUUUUGUUUUGUUUUUAAAUAAUUGACAGAGCUGUAGCUGGUAUGCCUUUUUAUGUUAAAAUGUAAAUAGUAUGAUGAUAUAAAGAUGUGAUAACAGUAUUAUCACACACAGCUGUUUCAGUGUAGUGUUUCCAUUUUGUAUUUCCUUAUAUUUCUUUUGUCCUGUGUAAAUGGUGCCAGGUUUGGACUCCCUGGUCAUAUUGCAUGUAUCACUGAGUUUGUAAGUGAAAAUAAUUAAGGUCCUGAUUCAGAGAGCAGCGCACAAGCAGCUUUGCAAUUCCGUCCAUCAAAAUGCAAAUGCAGCGGGAGGUGUCUAUAUGAAAUAGACACCACCUGCAUUGCAUUUGCAAUCCGAGUGCAGCAUCCAUAGACGCUGCUUUGGACCACCGAUUGCAAUGGAUGCAGGUUUUGCCAGGCUGUGUAAGCUGAGGUUUACUCAACCUGACCAGUUCCUGGCAGCUUGCGAUGCCAGGAAAUAUGCACGCAGCCACGCAGAUCCUGGCCCUACCGGGGUCCCGUUUCCGGGAACGCUUGCCAGGAACCCUCCCUUUCCACCUUCCAAUUGUCGCAGCUUGUCAAUCAAGCUGCGGCUGGAAGACACAGCUAGCGUACUCGCAGACGGAGGGCUGCACAUGCACAGAACGCAAUUGGGUUCGUGAACAUCUCUGAAUCAGGCCCUAAGCCUCAAUAAGGUACAAACUUGAACAUGACAUAUUUCUGCACAUUUUCAUGCAUAGCUGUUUGCUGAAUUUAGUAUAUGGAAAGAAAUAAAACUGUGCAUGUGGCAAGAACAAAAAGUUUGGGCAUCCUGUCAGACAGUACUCACUGAAAUCACAGCUUCAAAUUUGUGUAUCCUGCUAAGCUUAUAUCUAUGUUUGCCUCAGGAAUGCUUUCCAGUCUUUCUUGCAGAAACAUUUAAGCUUAGAACUAUCCACAGGUCUCAUAACUUGCACUCCAUGUUUGAGAGGCAGGCAGUCAAUUUACCGCCUGUCGGGAUCCCGGCGGUCAGGAAACUGACGCCGGAAUCCUGACAUCAGCUGAAAUACCGGCAGUCGGAGUCCUGACCGCAGGCUGGUUACCCCUCUUGGGUGGUGGUCCACACCACCACCUGGAGGGGAACGGUCACCACCGGGCCCGAAGCGUGGCGAGCACGCGAGGGGGACACGCUGCACUCGCUGCCAGGAUCCCGGCAUCGGUCUCCUGACUGCCGAGAUCCCGACCGCUGGGAUAUCGUACUGAUCCCGUUUGAGAUCUUCAAACACGUUUUCAGUUAUAUAAUAUGGGGACUGUGAAGGUGAUUCCAAUACUUUAGUAUGUCACAUAUUUUAAAUUCUUCUCCAGUAUUUCUCCAAAUGUAGCUGCUGGUUGUGGCCAUAGGUAACAUUUUAAUAGUACUUUGAUCAAGAAAGUGUCUGGUUUAUCUAUGUAUUAUUUUCAUGCUUCAGACACUGACUUUUGGUAUGAGGUCACAGGAAAGUUUUCUCUCUAACAAUGCUUCCAUGUAGAUCUUCUUUUAUUUAAGCAACACUGUACUAUGUACCAGCAAUCCGCUUCUCCAGUUUCAGAUUUCUAGAUUCCCUUUAUCUUCCAUCUUUUCACAGUGGAGCAUUCAGAUAUAGUUUUAGAACCCUCACCUAUCUUUUAAUACUUAUAAGUCCUUGGGUGAAAUGUAUCAAACCUUAGAGGGAGUUAAAGUGGAGAACAAUAUAAUGGUGUAUGGGAUUCGUCAAGCCGCAGUCGUCGAUAUACCUAGCACCCCAAUCCACACCCAAUCCUGCCCAGUUAGGAUAGUAUGAAAAUGUGAAUUGAAAAGUAGGCAAGGAACAUAUGGGCUACAAUUUAACAGGCACAAAGUAUGCGCAAAGUAUGCAGUGAAUCUAAAUACAAUAAUAACAAAAUUAUCAAAUAAUUAUUAAAUGAUUGCAUAUUACAAAGGUGGUAUGAAUAAACCAACAAAAACAAAUAGAUAUUCUUAAAGUGGUCUAAUCUGUUCGUCUCUCGGUUCUUACUUCUUGCUUUCAUUUUCUUUUCCUCUGAGAAGUUGCCCAAAGCAACCAAUCAGCUUGUGUCAAUUUGUAAACUGUGAUAGAUAAAUGACAGUAGCUGAUUGGAUGCAAUGGGCAACUUCUCCACUUUAUAACUCACUAAAGUUUGAUACAUAUCUCACUUGUCAAUUUCUUAGAGGUGCAAAUGCUUGUCACAACCAUCUGAGGUGCAUAUUUACAUAUUCACCUAUAUGAUUGUUUUCCCCAGGCGUAAUUUAAUCACUUAACUGACAAUUUUGCCUUCAAAACCAUUCAUAGCAUUGUUUUUUACAUUUUUUAAUAUAAUAUAGUUUAAAAAUUAUUUUUUUUAAAUAUUUAAAUAUUAUAUUAUGCACAUCUGCAGAAUGGAUCUCCUCAUCAAAAACUGGGGUACAUAGUGGGGUGGCAUGGUCGCAUGUGAUCUGACCAUGCCAGUUACUGUAAGUGGUUAAGCCUAUCUAGUCAAUCAAUUUUUAAGUUUUUAGAUAGAUAGAUAGAUAGAUAGAUAGAUAGAUAGAUAGAUAGAUAGAUAGAUAGAUAGAUAGAUAGAUAUUACAUACUCUUUUAAUUUAAAAGUUUAAGUGACAUAGUGGGAGGGGAACCGAAGGCAAGAAGUGAAGUGGGGGAAGUGGUACAGAAGGGAUUAAUAAAUCCAGCAAAUAAAUGGGACAUGUAAGCCAUUCAGUAUUACAUCAUUAAAACAACAGUAGACACUAGAAGUUUAAUCAAGAUUUUAAAUGAUUAAUGAAUCAACUGGAAGGGUGCCCAAAUUUUUCUACAUGAUACAGUCACUGUUUUUACAAUCUAUGAAUUUCAUAAAACAUAUAGUAAGUGUGCAUUCAAAUGUGCUUAAAUAUGUUUCCUUGUCAAUGUUGGGUUAAUAUAUUUUCCCACAGAGAAACAGUGAAAUGCAAUUUUAGCGGGGAUACCUAAACCUACAACUGCAUUGAGCAUAACUUUUUUAGAUGCAAUCCAGUUGUUUUAAUUCCAAUUAAUAAUGACAGUUUACAAACAAUAGUCCAAAACAUUACAUGUAUAUGGAUACAAUGGUGGGAUAUUUAUGGAAGAUUCUGCACAGGAAAAAGGUGUAUAGUAACAAAAUUUUCAAGUAUUAGUUUAAAAAUUGAAAAGUAAAAGGGUGAUUGCAUCGGAUCAUGACGCCUUUUUCCUGGGCAACUGUUUCAAAUAACUAUAAUACACAUAUAUCUGUACACACAUUUAAAAGGGCUACAUAUAUUCUAUUUCUUUGAACUAUAAUAAACAGUCAGCAUUGUGUUUAUAUAACACAACUGGUCUGAAGCCAGCUAUGUUCAAUGCUCUUAGUGGCUCCCUAUGUACAUCAGUAGCCUUACGAUAAAAAAAAAAAGGCACUUCAAAUAACAUACAUGUACUGUAACGAUUGCAACCAAUUACAAAUUUGCUUCAUUAGCUUAAUUUGCACUAGCAUGGUCAAAAUACAAUCUGAUUGGUUGCCACAGACUGCACCAUAUUUGUGUACUUUAUACAGAAACUAUUAAAAAGAUAUUUGCCAUUCCAAAUAUCUUGAGGUUUGACAGUUUCCUGAAACUUUAGUUUUGAAUUUUUGUACCAUAUUAUCGCAAACAUUUAUAUUUUAGAACCCUUCACUAGCCACAAGAAAGCAAGCUGCUAGAUUAAUAGAGCAUAUACAAAUAUAAUAAAUUAAUUUUCAUGAAAUAAAAUGAUAACUAAUAAGUAUUAUGCAAUGUUGUCUAAAGCUCAAAACUAAAAUGUAUAUCAAGAUAAUGAAAUAAAUAAAAUGUAUAUUCGAAGUAUCUUGCUAGUAUAGCAAAUUGACUAAUCAAAUAUGCCAUACUGCUCCCUCUUUGGGCAGUCCACAUCUGCCUAUAGAAUUACAAGGUUAACACAUUUUAGCUACCUUUGUUUUAUUUCCAUGAACAACAUAUUGUAUCGUUUUUUAUCCUCUAUGCGGACAGUUGUAUUUUUUAAUGCAGUUAGUAUUGUUCUUGUGCAAUAUAGCAAUAUUUAAUUAUAAAGUUUGGAAUAUUGCUAUAGUCUGCAAAUUAUGAUCAAUUAAAUGUUUUCUGAAAGUGGCAUUUACAGGAAAUAAACAAUGUGAUUGUAAUAUAACUUUUGGCAGAUAGCAGAGAACACUAUUUUUUUUUAUUUGUUGAACCUGUUGAAACGUUUAUGCAACAAUUUUUGUUAUUUUUCUUGUGUUAUGAGAAAAGUUGUAUUAUAUUAAAAUUAAUUUGUAUUAUAAUCUCACUUUGAUAUAUUGCAGACUGCAAAGAGGACAUUUUGUUUGUUUUGUACACUCUAGUAUUAAAAGAAAACCCAGUGUGGUUAUUAUUUAAAAUGAACUUCAGGUAUAUUUGCAUACUGUACAUGUCAAUUUUCUAGAGACUGUCAUUUUGCAAACAGGGUUUAUACUAUUUUUGCAUGUUUUCUCCAACAGUUUCUGAGUAAAUAUUGUAAUGUUUGUUACAUCAAUGUCUAAUUUGGUAAGAGAUAUUGCUAAGAAACUCCUUGGAGUUAUUGAAGAUAUGCUGUUUCUGUUAAGCUGGGUACACACUUAUUUAAGCCCUGGCUGAUCAGAUUAAACACUCCCGAUGAGCCAAGCGGUGUGUAACCAGCCGUUACCCCCCCCCCCCCCCUGACCUCCUGUGAGAUGGCGGCAGCAGAGGGCGGUGGGGUGUUUGUAAGCAGCUCCUCUGUGUGGAUCAGGAGGUCAGCUGUGCAGCACCUAAGAUGCGACCUCCCGUAUCCCGACCACAGCAGGAGCGUUAUAAACCAUUUAUCAGCUAUUACUCCUUUAUCUGCACUACAUGCACACCCAGGGGCAACAACAACUAUACAGGGCCCCGGUAAUGGAAGGGGGUGUGGCCAGGCCCCAUCUUUUACAAAAAAACAAAACUAUUAAUUAUGUGUGGCCGCAAAGGUGACGCACGCCAUGGCGGGGGUGGUAGGCAGGUGCGAUCACCUCCCCACCGCACAUAAGGGAGAGGCUGACUGCUGCCUCUCUCUCUAGCCCAACACACCGGCAGCAUGUGCUGCUUUGGAGGGGGGAGCCGGUAAAGCAGUAAGCCUAUCUUCCUGCCUGCCCGCUGUCUGCAACGAGGAAGGGGGGGCAGCGGGACCUGACCCCCGCCAGGGCUCUCCAGCAGACCUGGGCCCGAGUAGAGUACCCCCCUUCUCAUCACCACUGUGCACACCUAUACAAUAAAUAGCUGUUCACCGGAUAUUGGGUGAACAGCCGUCAUUCUGUGAAUCAUACUGCGGUAGAUGCAAUAUGUUGCAUCGCCAUGUUGCUGGUCCCACCAUCGAAUGGUGUGCCCAGCUUUAGUUACACAAUGUAAGCAACUGUCUGCCUGCUUGCUGUGCCUGCACGUGUAGAUUGUCACAGUUGACCAAUGUAAAUAGAUUACAUCAGUUAGUACUUUACUCAUACAGUGGCCUUUAUACAGUAUAUAUAAUAAAGUGCUCUACUUGCCUCUCAGGACAUAUAACCUCAACCAGAAAUAAGACAAGGUCCCUUUAUUUUGCUACAAACCUAUAAAGUCAAGUAGUCCUGUCUGACAUCACCUUUAGCGUUCUUAUAUUAUGUAGCGUUUUGUAAUAAUAUGUUAUUUGUAGUCAUAUUCUUUAUUACAGUCAUUGGAGGCUCAUAUUAGUCUAAAAUCUCUUCUGAGUAUGACUAUACAGAAAGCAACCUUUCAUUUGCCAUGAACCGAACACAGGCAUCUAUAGGUCGCACUUGUAUUUAUAUGGUUGUUAUAAGAAAAGGGUGCCUCAUAUUCAUAUGUUCACUUCGGGGGCUGCUUACAAACCACACCCCAACCUCUAUUCUGCUGUAAGGUCAAAGAAAAAACUUAUGUCACUCAAAGCUACAGCAUUACCCACAAUUCAUUUCAGGAACUUAUCUCAUCCUUGUUCUUUGAAAUAUGGCCAUGGUAAGAGGACAGUAGCCAUUUUGCGAUCUUCAAGUUGAUUUUUAAUAUUGGACAUUGAUGUAAACUGAACAAUAAGUCCAUAGUAGUUAUGUCACUACAUCAUAUUGUUUGUAUUGGAUCUAGCAUUUUAAUUGACUUCUAUUUGCAACUUUUUAGUAACAUAUUUAUCGCCAUCUUUGCUCUGUGUCGUGUGUGAAAAUAUGGCCUCUUUGUAAAGUUGAGAUACUGCCCUCCACUCUGGAAGCCGUUAACUUGAUGUAUAUAUGUAUAUAUUUAAAAGAAUGCAAAAGUAUACAUUCAAAUACUGUAUCUGUUCUGAUCAACUGAAGAAAUGAAGGAUCUCCCGUUGUCACCCAUGAGUUGACAUUUAGCUUGCUUACGUAUUAUUGUAAUUGUUUUCUUUCCACUUAGUAGUUCCUGCCUUUUUGUUGUGGAAAUCCUAAAAUGUCUAUUUUACAGUUAUGUAAUUUGUACUGUAUAGCAUUUUCUUAUCUACAUUAUACAGUAUUGUAUUUUAGCAUUACCUGAUGUAUAUAUUUUAUUAUUUUUUAUUUUUUAGUAAAAACUCAUUUAUGUAUAACUUUUUCAAGUGUAUUGGCAUCAGCUGACUAAAUAAAUUAAUUAUUAAGCAA